AUAAAUAAAACUCCUUUUCUUUUAAGUAUGACAACAGAGAUUUUCGACUUUGAUGGAGCAGGGGAGCGCUAUAAAUUUUUACUUCAACCUGUGAAAGAUUUGGCAAGCAAUUGGGAUGUGGACAUAGCCAAAACACUUGAGGACUAUAUUCAAAAAGUCGUUGAAGAUUCAAAUGCAGUUUUGGUCGGAAGUGAUGGACGCAGAAAAGUUUUUAAUUUUGCGGAAGCAGCACUUUUAAUUCAUGGGACAACAAAUGUUUAUGUGAAGAAAAUAGAAUAUGUUCACCAAAUUGCUUUAAAUUUCUUUGACGAACUGAAGGAGGACAAACCACAGGGAAAGAAUAAAAAGAAAAACGCUAAUGAUGAUCAAGAGGGGGAAUUGGCUGAUGAUGAUAACCAAGAAGUUAGGCACGAAAAGCAAAAACCAAAAACCAGCUUCACGUAUAUGAGGUCACUUUUGGAGCGUCUAAGCAAUAAACCGGCUCCUCUACUUCCGAUUGUUCCAAUUGCUUUUAUCCCGUUGUCUGAUUUUGAAAAGACUGAUGUGCCUCUCUACACUCGGACAAAUUCUAAGGAACAGAUUGGAAAGAAGGAUGAUUUUAGAAUCAAUUCGUGUCAUAUGUUUGAGUCAGUGGCUUUGUUGGAUCUUCAACACAUUUCUUUGAUUGAAAAGUUUUCUGAGACUCCACAGCACCAAAAUCAGCCUCAAAAGCAAGCUAACAAUAACAACGCUCAACAAAGAAAUGAUCCUGGAGGGUUUGUUCAAGUCUUGGAGCCUUUAUUGGAGAGAAGUACGGAAGAGGAAUAUGAAGACAUAGAUCAUCACGACAUCGAAAUUCCAGAAGUAAACGGGUUUGCCGAUGAAAAUGAAGUUAUUACUGGGCAUACUGAACUUCUCGAGGCUGAGGAACAACGGACAGCCAGAACUCGCUUGGAUAAUUACCAUUCUAAUCUUUUUCAACCUCAAAAUUCGGAAAUUAUAAAUUCAUCCGUCGAACUUAGGUCUUCGUGUAAUUCUGAAUUGAGAAAUUCCGUGAGGGUCGAUGCUAUUUACAAUAAUGAAUUGUUGGAUCCAUUAGAAAUUAACAACGAAAAAAGCAAACCGUUCAAAAAGAAAGCAAAUUGCUUUACUGAUCCUGCUAAACAAAUAGCUGCUAGGGAUAGAAGAAUUGAGAGAGAAUGUCAACAAAAAGGUGUGGCCAAUGAAAGGUCUGUAAAAGGAUAUAUAAAUACACAAAUGUUUCGUCAUCGUCUAAAGAAGAGAAAUGUUGCUUUUGGACAAUUUAAUUGUUUUCUUAUGGAUCAGGCAGUAUUUUCAUUGAACCCUUUGAUUUACGACGAAGAAAAGAGACGAGCUGAGUUUCAAAAGAAAUUGGCGAAGGAACGUCAGGCUGUACAGCGUGAAGAACGUAUUCUUGCCCGUCGCGCUUCUGAACGAACUGUAAUGGACCCAGUUUUUGAUCACCCCGACGAUGAUGAACUUCAUGAUAAUGAUGCGACUUUGAACGAGAAUAAUGCGAAUGAUAAUCAACAGAAUGGAGUGAUUGGUGAUUAUGAUGAGUGUGAGGAUGUAUUGGAAGAAAUUAUUGCCGAGGAAUUGUCAGCCCAAGUCAUUGACGAUGAACCUAUUGGAGACAUUCCUGACGCCCAAGCAAAUCUUUGUGAUGUUUUGGAUGUUGAUGAUUUGGAGAAUUCUCUUGGUGGUAUAAGAAAUAUGUACACUGGUUUUGACGUUUCAUUUGGUUAG